AUGCAGCUUCGUCUCGGUUCAUCAACUUGUAUCGUUGUAUCUAACGUUGUGGUUGCUAAACAAUUCAUGAAAACCCAUGAACUAGCCUUCAUCUCCCACCCUGAAUUCAGGUUCUCAGACCACUUCAUUUACAGAGGAUCCAAGUUCAUCGUGGUGGAGUAUGGCCCAUACUGGCGCUUCAUGAAGAAACUGUGCCUCACAAAGCUUCUCGCCGCUCCCACCCUCGACCGCUUCAUACAUAUCCGAGAGGAAGAGAUGGGAAAGCUCGUGAACACACUGAUUCAGAGGUUGAGGAAAUGGGAAGCCUCGGAUUUGAGCAAGGAGCUAACAACGUUGACGAACAAUAUGAUAUGUAGGAUGGCGAUGAACACAAGGUGCAGUAAAAACAGUGAUGAAGCUGAGGAGAUGAUGGAGUUGGUGAAGGGGGUGAUGGAGAUUUCAGGGAAGCUGUCUAUAGGAGAUACUUUGGGGGCUUUGGGGAGACUGGACUUGUUUGGAUAUGGGAAAAAACUUGAAGCAAAACUAAGGAAAUUUGACAGUUUGGUGGAGAAGAUCAUGGAGGAGCAUCAGAAUGGGAUGCUGAAUGGCGACGGAAGAGAAGUGAGAGAUCUUAUGGAUAUUUUAUUAGAGAUCCAUGAAGACCCUUUUAUUGAAUUGAAUUGA